UACAUCACAACUAAUCUGAACAGAAAUUAAAACCCCUCCGUCUGCAGUAUGUUGUGACAGUGGACGAGGAGAGACUGAGAAACACACAGCUGACUGGAGAAAGGUGCAGAAUGGCACAUAUUGAACUGUAUGGGUACCAGGAGGAAGUUGUUGAAAGGGCUCUCCAGGGGGAGAACAUAAUCAUCUGGCUUCCAACCGGAGGUGGGAAGACUCGUGCUGCUGUGUAUGUGGCCAAGAAACAUCUGGAGACCAAGCCGAAGGCUAAAGUCUUGGUCCUGGCAAACAAGGUUCACCUUGUAGACCAGCAUUAUAAAAAGGAGUUCAAGCCUCACCUGGGCAGUGGCUACACUCUGGUGCCAGUCAGUGGAGAGAGUCAGGAGAAGGACUUCUUCGGAAAAGUGGUGGCGAGAUCAGACGUGGUCAUCUGUACAGCCCAGAUUUUGUACAAUGCUUUGAUAAACAUGGAAGAAACCAAACAUGUUGAGCUCUCAGAUAUCACUCUACUGAUAAUCGAUGAGUGUCACCACACCAACAGUGAUCAUGUCUACAACCAGAUCAUGGCAUGCUAUGUGGAGAAAAAACUGAAAGGAGAGCAACAGUUACCACAGAUCCUCGGUCUCACUGCAUCACCGGGGACAGGGGGUGAAAAGAUCCUGUACAGAGCUGUGGAUCAUGUGCUGCAGAUUUGUGCAAAUCUUGACUCAGCCAUAGUCUCAACUAAAGACUGUAUGCCUGAGCUGAAGAAGAAAGUGCCCCGGCCAGUAAAGAGAUUCAACAUUGUGGACAAAAGGCCUGAGGAUCCAUUCGGGGAUCAUCUGAAGAUGAUGAUGCAGCAAAUCCAUGAGUUCAUGAUCAUCCCUCAAGACUUCCCACUGAGACAAUGUGGCACACAAGAGUAUGAGAUGGAUGUGGUGCUGCUAGAGCAACGAGGAGUGAAAGACAACAACAGAAUGUUAGCAAGAUGUGCGCUCCACCUCAGACAGUACAACGACGCCCUGCUCAUCAAUGACACCCUAAGAAUGAUCGAUGCAUAUCGCUCUCUGGAGAGGUUCUACAUCCCCAAGAUGGACACAGCUUUUGACGGAACAGACAUCUUCCUGCUGGGACUUUUCCAAGAGAAUCAGGUGGAGCUGAGGAAACUGGCAAACAAUCCCGUCUACGAGAACCCGAGGAUGUCCAAACUUGAGGGCGUCCUGCUAAAACGCUUUGAUCCAAGUUUGCAAUCAAAAGGGAUCAUCUUCAGUAAAACCCGUCAGAGCACGUGCUGCCUGAAUGACUGGGUAUCCACCAAUCAAACCUUAAAGCAAGCUGGCAUCAAGGCAGCCAUCCUCACGGGGGCCGGCAACAGCGCCAGCCACAUGACACUGAAUGAGCAGGAAGACACGAUCCGCAAUUUCCGUGACGGUAAACUCAACCUCCUGAUCUCCACCAGCGUCGCUGAAGAAGGCCUCGACAUCCCCGAGUGCAACCUGGUGGUCCGCUACGGGCUGCUCACGAAUGAGAUCGCUCAGCAGCAGGCCAGCGGAAGAGCCCGAGCGAGAGACAGCCAGUACUCAGUGGUUGCCGAGGAAGGAGGGCCAGAAAUGCGCCGAGAGAAAACCAAUGAAUGUCUGGAAGAGCUGACUGGACAAGCCAUCGCUAAGGUCCAAGAGAUGAACGUUGAAGACUUUCGCAGAAAGAUAACUAAGCUACAAAAGAAGGCAGUGGAUGAAAGAAAAAUACAAGAGAGACUAAAAAAGGAAAAGAGGAGCCGCAUCGCUGCCUCUGAUGUCCAGCUUUUAUGCCGGAACUGUUUAAAGCCUGUGACUUCCGGCAGUGACAUUAAAAUCAUUGACAAUGUACACUAUGUCAAUGUCAGUCCUGAAUUUAAGAAUUACUACAAGGUCGGUGAACAGGUGAUGCUGGAAAAGACCUUUGAGGACUGGGAGCCUGGGCACAUCAUCAGCUGCAACAGCUGCAGCGAGCGCUGGGGAUAUGAGAUGAAUUACAAGAAAUUCGGCCUGCUGCCCAAUGUAGCCAUCAAGCACUUUGCCCUGAAGACCCCUGAAGGCCAGACACUCAAGAAGAAGUGGAAGGAUGUCCCUUUCACUGUUGAGGAAUUCAGCUUCAAAGAAUAUUACGAGGAGAACCUCUCAGACCUCUCUGAUUAGGUUUUAUUGAUCAUUACUUGAUUACUAUGUUAUUAUGUCUCUUUACUGUUUUUUUUUUCUUCAGAAUAUCUCAUUGUCCUUUCUAAUAUUAACACUUGCUGGCUAACAUGUUAGCAUUAAAUUGUGCUGCUGGGCCGGGGCAGGAGCGUGAUAAACUAAUUAUGCAUCGUUCAUGCUUGAUAUUAGCAUGACAGAUUUGUUUACACCCGAGGUUCUAAGACCUUUUGCAUAACUUUGAAUUUCUUCUCAUUCAUGUUAAGUCGAACAUAGAAACAAAGCACAUGAACUCUGCUGUUACAUAACCCCUGAACCCAAACUUGUCAUGUCCUCACAUAGGAGGAUUCACACUGAUCCGUCUUUUAACUACACACACAUGUAUAGCGGGUAUCUAUUAAGAAUUAGAAAUAAUGAACAAUAUUUUAUAUGUACCCAUCAACAUCUUCAAAUUAAUUUUAAAUAUACGUCAUUGUAUUUACAUCCUCUAGGAAAGACUUUCAGGUUUUCAUUUGCUCUUAUUAACCACUAGGUGUCAGUGUUGUAUUGCAAAUCCAGUCAGGCACAUUUGUUUUCUAUCUUUGUCACUUCUAUUGACUCUUCUUCUCCAACUGAUGGCAAAGAUAAGAGAAGUGAUCUGAUAUCAUACUAUAAGAAUAAGGGUGUGGGUUUUUUUUCCAAACUUGCCAUAUAUUCUGCCGAUGUGCCCGUGAGCAAGGCACUCUGUUCCCAAGCUGCCUCAUUACAGCCUCUCUUUUGGGGCCUGUUUGUGAUGAUUGGAUACAGCCUCCAGAUGUGCAAACAUGACACCUGGAAAAUAAAAAUGUAUACUUUUUUCAGAGAUUAUUAAUGGAAUAAACAGCAGUCUCUUUUUCAUGGAA